AUGAUAACAGAAAAACGUAAUGCAUGUGUAGGAAAAGGCACUAGCCAAGUAUGGGAUGAGAAGUUUGAGUUCAAGGUCGAUUCUCUAUUGGCAGAUGAUUAUCAAUACAAAUUCGUGCUCAAAAUCAUGGAUCACAACACCUUCCGUGCACAUGACUAUCUUGGCGAGGCAAAGAUCUACGUGAAAGAACUUAUAGAAAUAGGGGUUGAAAAGGGAAAGGCUGAGCUCGGUCCUCAAAAAUACAGAGUUGUCUCCACAGAUAAAACUUAUCAAGGAGAGAUUCAAGUUGGAAUUACUUUCACUGCAAAGACAGUAACAAGGUUUGGUUACCGUGAGAAAAAACCCCAUGUUUUAGUUGAGAAUCCUUGA